AAUUAUUUAUGCACUCCUACUAAGUAUACUACUAUAUAUAUGUGACAUGGAAAUGCCUGUUAGUGUCAUCCAAAAGCAAUUUUUUCUCUAAGUCAUUCUUCUUCUUUCUUCUAAUUAUUAGGAGUGAAUAUAAUUAUUCUUUAUAGUAAAAAUGGCUGGCAUAGCAUUUGGAAGUUUUGAUGAUUCAUUCAGCGUUGGGUCUCUUAAGGCCUAUCUUGCUGAAUUCAUCUCCACACUCCUCUUUGUCUUCGCCGGAGUUGGUUCCGCCAUUGCUUACAACAAGUUGACAGCAGAUGCUGCACUUGAUCCUGCUGGGCUCGUAGCUGUUGCAGUUUGCCAUGGAUUUGCUCUCUUCGUUGCGGUUUCAAUUGCCGCUAACAUUUCUGGUGGUCAUGUUAACCCUGCUGUCACCUUCGGAUUAACCCUCGGCGGCCAAAUUACCUUUAUUACUGGCACUUUCUACAUGAUUGCUCAACUUUUGGGCUCCACUGUAGCUUGCUUCCUCCUCAAAUUCGUCACCGGAGGAUUAGCUGUUCCAAUCCACGGUGUGGGAGCUGGUGUGGGGGCCCUUGAAGGAGUUGUUAUGGAAAUAAUUAUUACUUUUGCUUUAGUGUAUACUGUGUUCGCAACAGCAGCUGACCCAAAGAAGGGAUCAUUGGGCACAAUUGCCCCCAUUGCUAUUGGUUUCAUUGUUGGUGCCAACAUUUUGGCUGCCGGCCCAUUCUCUGGUGGAUCAAUGAAUCCAGCCCGUUCAUUUGGGCCUGCAGUGGCAGCUGGCAACUUUGGUGGUUUCUGGAUCUACUGGGUUGGCCCAUUAGUUGGUGGUGGAUUGGCUGGUCUUAUUUACAGCAAUGUGUUCAUGCAACAAGAACAUGCUCCUCUAUCCAGUGAUUUCUAAAUUAAAUUUGUUUGAGUUUGAUUCUCGGCUUAAAAAGCCUAUUUGAAUAAACAAAUAUUUUUUGUUGUUUCUUUGUUUAUUUUUUCCCAAUUGUCGUUUUGUUUUUUCUAGCUCUUGGUUUGCAGCUGUACAUCCAUUAGCUUCUGGUGAAAUGUUCUUGUUAUGAUGCUCCUAUUUGAUGAAAUCGCAACUGUUCAUUGGUGUCUA